AUGAGUCAUGAGGAGGGCAGUGCAGCACCCGAAGAGGCCGAGGAGCCACUUCAUGAUGCUGAAGUGCCGGCUGCAGAGGCCGAGGAGGCCGACACGCCGGAGCCGCCGUCCUCAGGGGGAAAGAGGGCGAAGAGAAAACUUCGCAGGAAGAAGACCCGCAGGCUUGUGCUAAGGGGUGAUGAUGAGGCCGACCAGGGGUAUGGAGUCGGACACGUAGAUGAUGGGGUUGGGUCGGGGCAUGAAAAGCCAAGCCAUGGUGGUGAGGAGUUGGGAGUGGAGCUUGGAAAGCCGAGCCAUGAUGGUGAGGAGUUGGGGGUGGAGCUUGAAAAGCCGAUGGGUCGUGUGGACUCCCCCAGCCGCUUGCAUGGCAGCCAGGAAGAUGCUCAGAACCCUUGGGCCACGUCUUCAACCCCAACCAAAGCACCAAAGGCAACCCCUGGAUCCCGUAGCCGUAGAAAGGCCAAAGGCCUCACCGGCUUCACUCCAAAGUCUGCCACACCCCGCAAAUCCCUGCUGCUAUCUUUCGAUGGUGCAGCCCAGGGUCCAUGUGCUCUGUCACAAACCUUGCAGCUUCCAGAUGAGGAGGCUCCUGGGCACCUGGAUGCAGGCUAUCACUCUCUCCUGGAGGCCACCCUGAGGGAGUUCGAUGAGGAGGACGAGGACUGCUACAUGGUGGGAGCCGAUGGUUACGAUGGCUCGCCAUUGAAGAAUUUCAAGGUCUUGAAGCCGAUCAAGGCAGAGGAACCCGGGCACGACGAUGAUGAAAUCACGCCUACAGAGGACAAAAAAUCCAAGCUGGACCUCGACAACCUGAGCAAGACCGACCUGUCCCGACUGGAAGUUCUCAUUGAAUGUGGGGAGGACAAGGAGCUCUUCAAGCAGCAGGUCGUGCACACGUUCCAACAGGAACGGUCGAACGAGUUCAAAGUGAAAAGUGGGUUCUACACCGACGAGAUGAUGGAGAAAAUCCUGAACUUUUCGGCGUCCCGCCGCAAAGCCGUCAGGAAGUUUUGCCUCCGAAAGGAGAACCGCAAAACUCACGUGAAGGACAAAUACGAGAAGAAGCUCAAAUGGUUCUGGGCCGAUGUAGGAUAUGAAGGAACACUGACUGAGACCGACAGAGAGAAGUUGACAAGAGAGACGGAGAUCGCCUCCGGUUCCAAGGUUGCCAAGGUACCCUUGGGCUUGAGUAGAUCCCAGCCGCUUCGCCCGGACGCCGCAGCAAGCUCAGAGUCGGAGGAUGAUGUCGAUGAGGAUGACAGCGAAGAUGAAAGCAGCGAAGAGGAAUCAGACUCAGAUGGAGCAGGAGCUAAGUCUGCUAAGCCGACCAAAGGAAAGGAGAAGAAAAAACGCAAGAAGGAGGAAGAGAAAGACGAUGAUGACGAUGAGGUCUUGUCGUGGGUGCUUGAACACAUGCAAGCCUCGAAGUUGAAGCAGCACAAUGCCGAUUUGUCCAAGCAGCACGACGAGCUGGCCGACUUCAAAGCAGCCCACGAUUCGGAUGGGAAGGUGUCGGAGUUGAUUAACAGCAUCAACAAGACGAGCCGUAUGACAAUGGAGGAGAACAAGAUCAAUAAGUACUGUACUCUAUCCCAGCGAUCCAUCGAAAGCCUUGGAUCCAAGUCUUCUGCCUCGGUGUCCCAUGAGUUGGCUACAGAGCUGGCACAAGCCGUUGUAUCGGAGGUUGAAGGGGCAUUUGGUGACGAGGCUGCUGGUAUGUUGCAAUCUUCAAAACUUCUACUGGAGAUGAGUCGAGGGUACUCUACCGGCCACGCAGCGAGUGUUACCAGAAAAGCUUUGGACUCCAUGCCAGAAGUUCAAGUCCCUCUGCCAGUUACUUUGGUAGAUGUCGGUCUGCCAGAAUGUCACCCUUGCAUCCUAUUUUCCGACUACUUUCGUCUGCUGGCUGAAAGGGGCAGCUUGGAAACCUUGACUACAGGUGCAGACCUUCAAUCUUUCUGGGACAAGAUGCAGCCACUGAAACCCAAUCAUCCAGUAUACAAGCUGCCUGCCGCAGACAGGGCUUUUACAGUCCCAAUGUACUUGAUCGGCGAUGAGGGUCGGGGUUUCAAGAAGUCAGCCGUAAUGGUGCUCGGCUCAGAAUCGGUGCUUGGCCAAGGCUGUGAAGCAGAAGAUGAACAGACUGCACAAGACGAGCUACGAAUGAAUUUCCGAGGGAACACCCUGCUUACAAGGCAGCUCUUUGCCGUCAUGCCGAAAAAAAAGUAUCAGAAGGAUUCCACUCCACUUCGCAGGCUGGUGGAUGCUUGGGCCGAGGAUUUGGGCAAAUGCUUCACCACUGGCCUGGAGAUUCGCUCUGGCGGGUCAGUCCAGACAUGGCGGAUCGCGACACUUGGUUUGAAAGCCGAUUGGCCGGCCCUAAGCAAGCUUGGACUCACACGAAUGAUUCCGAUGGAGAUGGACAAGAAGCCCUUGUUCUACAUGAUAGAUCUGUUUCAUACCUUCCACAAGGGGAUUACCCUGUGGGACUUGAAAGUCACUGGUUGUACAGCUACUGGCCUCGACAAGAACCUUAGCUACCUCUUCGAUGACAUGAAAGCCUUCUCGCAGGCUAACAACCUGUACUUGCACAUGUGCAAUUUGACAAAAAGCCUUUUGGGCAUUUCGAGUGCAGCAGACUUUCCGUAUGGGGCUUGGUUCAAAGGUGCUGAUACCACUUUUGUGAUCAAAUAUCUGCUGUGGAAGUUUCAAGAUGUGCUGGAGAAACACGAACUACAGGAUUCGGAUUCGCGAUACUUGAGCGAUAUUCUUUCUUGCCUCAGAUCCGCUGACGGCUUCAUGAGUUCGCUCUACAGGGGGAGCCUUUUUCUCGGCCCCCGUUCUCUGCCCAAGGUCGUCCGGCUUGGUAGAUCCAUGGUACACAUGUAUGCCAAAAUUGCAAGUUUGGCAUAUGAACGAGGCUUAGCACGAUACAAGCUGAAUCCCAAGUUCCACAUGCUGCUCCACAUUAUUCUCCAGCUUCGGCUGGACCUGCACGCCAACCGUGAAGCAUUGAGCCCGAUUUCACAUUCUUGUCAGAUGGCGGAGGAUGUCAUAAAUCGGAUCGCGACUUUAGGUCGUGCUUGUGCCCCAAGAAUGGUGGCUGAGCGAACUCUUUACUUGUACAAGGUUGAGCUUGCACGAUUGUUGUAG